AUGGAGAACAGGGAGAUCUUCACGUCUCUCGAAGACAUCACCGCCGAAGCAAAGGCCAAGGCGGAAAAGCAGCGUGUCGAAGAAGCGCAAUUGGGUGGCCCAAAGCCGACUGUUACAGAUGUGAGGACCACGAAGAAGGCUGGAGAGGUCUACUUCAAGGCGCAGCACGGGAUCGUGGUUGCUUUCUUUAGUUUCAUACUUCUUCUUCACGUUCUUGGCAUAUCCCUUUUCACGACUGGCUUUCUGCUCACGCGCCUGGUCCUCCCACACAAGUCCGAAUGCGCCGUUCCUCCAAUCGAACUCACAAAAGGCUACGUAGCUGGCGAUGCGGGGACGGGGUGCUGGCACCCCAAGACAUACGAUAAGGCUAUCGUGGUCAUUGUAGAUGCGCUGAGAUACGACUUCACGGUGCCAUUCGAGGCUCAAUUCGAACCUGUCGACCUUGAGAAGCAAGCCGGUCGCGUCCAGGCCGCUUCCUCGAUAAAGAACAUCGCGCCUCGACACUUCCAUAACGCUAUCCCGGUGCUCUACGAGACUGCGAAGCAAUCGCCAAAGAACGCCUUUCUGCUGCCUUUCAUCGCGGAUCCGCCGACGACGACGCUGCAGCGAUUGAAGGGUCUCACCACGGGAACCUUGCCCACCUUCAUCGACGCUGGAAGUAACUUUGCAGGCACAGCGAUCGACGAGGACAACCUGGUAGCGCAGCUGAAGGACGCAGGCAAGAGAAUUGUCCAUCUGGGCGACGACACAUGGCACGCGCUUUUCCCGGGAUACUUUGAGCCGAACCUCACCCACGCCUACGAUUCCUUCAACGUCUGGGAUCUGCAUACAGUCGACAAUGGCGUCACAGAGCACAUAUUCCCAUUGUUGAAGGCUGAGAACUCGAGCAAAUGGGACGUCAUCUUUGGCCAUUACCUAGGUGUGGAUCACGCCGGGCAUCGCUACGGUCCAGAUCACCCCGCCAUGGCAGCGAAGUUGGACGAGAUGGACGCAGUUCUCAGACGCAUGAUUGAGGAGAUUGACGAUGACACGCUACUUGUCGUCAUGGGAGAUCAUGGUAUGGAUGCCAAGGGUGAUCACGGUGGUGAAUCAGAUGACGAGAUUCAAGCUGCGGUGUGGAUGUACUCGAAACGAGGCGACUUUGGUCGCAUCGAUCCUUCUUUCGCGCUUCCACCCGCACAUGCAAAGGACAGGUCGGUUGCGCAAAUCGACCUCGUUCCCACACUCUCGUUGCUCCUCGGUAUGCCUAUUCCAUUCAACAACCUCGGAAAGCCGAUCGACGAGGCUUUUGCUGGUGUAAAUGGAGACGGUUUCGAAAGCCUAGCGACAGUCAACCGUUUGACAAGCGCCCAGAUCCAUCGUUACCAGAGCGAGUACGCUAAGGCUCGUGGUCUCGAUGAGGACACCUUUUCUACUUCUCUGUCGCUUUGGCCUGCUGCCAACGAAGCCUGGACUUCAGUGUUCCAGCGAAUGUCCUUCGGUGGAAGUACGGCUAAGGGAGCCCAGACGAAGGCAGCCUACGAAGCUUUUGCUGCUUACCAGCAGGAGACACUACGCAUUUGCCGUUCGCUUUGGGCUCGCUUUGAUGUACCCAGGAUGAUCAACGGUGUCCUGAUCUUGGCGCUCAGUGUGCUACUUAUUGCACUAUAUGCUCGCGGUCUAGUCGGAGACCGCGCUGAGCUUACACCCGUCUUCUUCACCAGAGGUCUUUUGGGCACCGUGCUUGGUGCCGUGCUUGGGUUUGUGGCGUCGCUUGUAUUGCCUAACGCACCAAAAGAGCACAUCGUUAUCUUUACGGCGGCUAUGACUGGCAUCGUCGGUGUUCUGUCUGCAUUCCUCUCUUUCCGAAGCCGUCUCGGGUCUCCGUUUCCUAACAAUAUCUGGGGCUGGAUAAGCGUCAUCUUUACCCUCUCGUUAUCAGCGGGCUUCGCAGCCAACUCCUUCACCAUCUGGGAAGACGAGAUUCUUCUACAUUUCCUAACUACUUUCGGAGUCCUCGCUGUUGUGUCUUCUUUCCGCCAGAAGAGCACGUCAGACCGUACACUCGGCGUGUAUCAUUCGGUCCUUUUCACGGUUCUGCUGCGAGUAGCAAGUUUCUCAAAACUCUGUCGCGAGGAGCAAAUGCCCUACUGCAAGUCGACUUACUAUGCGUCUGCUCUCUCCACCACCUCUGCCCCCUGGCAGUUACUUAUUCCCGCCUUCGCUGCGCUUCUUGUUCCCACGUUCAUUAAGAGCUACUACGAGGGAACUAAGAGUUACCAACACAUGGCUGUAAUGUGGAUUGGUAUUGUACUGCGCUUUGGUCUCAUGCUGUCCGCUGCAUACUGGGCCCUCGAUGCCGCCGACGACGGCGACUGGUACCCAGCCUUUUCCAGUAUCAUCAAAACCAGCAAGCAAGCGAUCGCCCAGGGUGUUCUAAUACUCGCGCUUGGACUCGGCUACUCACUCUACAACUGGUCCAAGCCGCUCCUCAACAUCGAGAUGGCCAACCAGGGCACUCCUAAAGAACAAGUACUCAUCCACGGCUAUGCAAACGUCCACGGCAGCCGCUACGCCCUCCUCAUUACGAUAUGGUAUCUUGUCGUCGCACUCCUCCAGAAACCAAUGGGUGCAGGUGCUAUAGGCAUUCUCGUCUGGCAGCUGUUCUCCCUCUUUGAAAUUAUCGACACAAACAAUCUCCGCCAAUCGUCGAUCGGCCCCGUUGUUCUCGGUAUGCUUGGUUCUUUCCACUUCUUCAAGACCGGUCACCAAGCCACCUUGUCAAGCAUACAGUGGGAGUCCGCAUUCAUCCCGCUCAAAUCCAUUCGCUACCCUUGGACACCACUUGUUGUAGUUCUCAACACAUUCGGUGCACAGAUUCUUUGCGCUAUUGCGGUCCCGGCGCUGGUAUUGUGGAAAGCGCAGCCUAAGCAGCAACGCUUGCUUAGCACUGUAGUCAAGGCCGUUGCUACCCACAUUCUGUUCUACGCCGUCAUCAAUCUCGCAACCACGAUGUGGGCUGGCCAUUUAAGGAGACACCUCAUGCUUUACCGCAUCUUCAGUCCAAGGUUCAUGCUCGGCGCUACCGGUCUGCUUGUCGUUGAUGUUGUGGCAGUCUUUGUGGGGCUAUGGGGCGCAAGGAUGAGCAUGCUGAGCGUUGCGGAGGUGUUUGGUUUUGCGUAG